GGCUCCGGGAGCCUCCGGUAAGCACCGGGAAGGCGCCGGAGGAGCCGCCCGCCAUGGAGCCCAACAGCCCCCGCAAGAUCCAGUUCACGGUGCCGCUCCUGGAGCCGCACCUCGACCCCGAGGCGGCGGAGCAGAUCCGCAGGCGCCGACCGACGCCGGCCAACCUGGUGCUGAGCAGCGACCAAUCGUCCCCAGAGAUCGAUGAGGACCGGCUCCCCAACCCCCUGCUGAAGUCGGGUCUGGCCAUGUCCCCCAGGCAGAGGAAGAAGGUGUCCCGCACCACCCCGACCAUGAAAGAGCUGCAGAUGAUGGUGGAGCACCACCUGUGCAAGCAGGCGCAGGGCGAGGAGGAGGAGGAGGAGGAGGCGGCCGCCGCCGGCCAGGAGCACGGCCCCGGCUGCUGCCACCACGGUGACACCGGUGACACCGAGCACAGCCACAGCCCCGGGGGCACCUGCCCGCUGGCCCGGGCUCAGCCCACGCAUGAAGGUGGCCCAGGGCCCGGUGAGAGGACCCACGGGGACGGGCGGCAAAGCCUGGCCGAGGAGGGCACCCAUAUAGCACCGGAGGAGGGCAAGGGUGCUGCCAGCAGCCAGUAGGUGCCCCCCCCCCCCGCCGGCAGGAGCGAAGGAGCCGAGCCACCGCGUUUUUUUUAACGAUCGUUUUCUAAGAUUCCGACGGCUGUUUUGGGGUGUUCGUG